AUGGCACCACCUCCGGCUGGUGAAACGGAGCGAAUAACCCAACCAAAGGACCCCUCAAAAGUUUCGACUACGUCAGCAGCUUCUAAUUCAAAGAAAUCCGCAGCAGAAAUAGUGGCUGGUCCUCCGACCACUAACAAAUCUAUGAGCUCAUCUGUACUAGCAAGACACACAAUGCACAAUGGUAAGCCUGCAAUUAUUUUUAAAGCUUCAGAUUAUUACGGGGUUAUGGCACAAGAUUGCAAAUGGACCUUGGUUGGCAAGUUUACAAUGGGUCGACCUAGAAUCGAAGCAAUUAGAUCAAAAUUUCUGGAACAACAACCUCUAGUAGGAAAAGUAAGAAUAUGGGCAUAUGAUUAUCGUCAUGUUUUCAUAGAAUUCAAUAACGAAGUUGAUUUUAAUACAGUUUAUUUCAAGAGAUUCAUGUCGAUUGCUGGUUCUCUUAUGAGAUUAUUCAAAUGGUCACCUGAUUUCGAUCCAAAUGAGGAGACCUCUCUGGCUCCUAUAUGGGUUCUUCUGCCCGAUCUACCGUUCCAUUCCUUUAGAUGGGAAUAUCUAAAACAAAUUUUAUCUAUUGUCGGUACUCCAUUGAAAGAAGAUUUGGCUACUAUUGUGAGAUCUCAACCUAAUAUGGCUAAGGUACGAGUAGAGGUCGACCUAAUGAAUCCUCUGAGAGAUUCUGUUUGGAUAGGAUUGGAGGGAGAAAAUGUUGGAUUAAAAGGACAGGAUCAGAAACUCGAAUAUGAAGGGGUGCCAACUUUUUGCAAAUCAUGUAGAAUGCAAGGCCAUGGUCAAGAUAGUUGUAAUGUAAUGGCAAGAAGAAAGGAACAAGAGGGUCACAGGGAAGAAAACAAUACAGAUUCAGUCAUCAUUGGCAAAAACACUCUGAAAGAAAGUAAUGACAAUGAGAAGAUGUGUAGUACUAGUAACAAUGUUGAAGAAAUUAUGCACGACAAAGAGGGAAACAAAGAGGAUGGUUUUACACAAGUCAUCAAUAGAAGAGACAAGAAAGGGAAAGGGAAACAACAAGAGAAUACUAGCACUGGAAAUAUGGGUUAG